AGUUGAAACCACAAGAUUUAUUUGAUAAUAAUUAUCAUUUAUUAAUUGAAGAUUAUUGUAGAGCUAUAGGAACUGAUUCUACAGAAUUAACUUCUGAACAAGUUAAAUUAUUUAAAGCAAAGGCUUUAAUAGAUAUUGAAAAAUAUCUAAUUCAUUUUGAAAAAAACUUGAUUGAUUUUAAUUUUGAUAAACUUGAUUAUAGUUUAGCAGGUUUAACUACUGAAGAAAUUAAUGUGCAAUAUCAACUUUUUAAUGACGAAAAUUAUUUAGAUAAUGAAUUAGAUAAAACUUUAGCAAAGAUAGCUUU